AUCACAACAUUUCUCGUCUGAUCUACCGGCAUUUAGUUACUACAAGCGCUCAGAAAGGGUAGUAGGGGUUAAAAUUUCCGCCUUUUACCCGCUCAAAUCGCCGCAUUUCCGUCAGAUUUUCGGCAGAACUCUUCCUCAGGUCGUCUGAAACACGUGAGGGUGUGUCAGCGGGACGCAGCACGAGAAUCGGCGGCGAUUUAACGGACAUUCCACCGGCGGACAGACAGACAACGGGCCGUGCCACGUUGGUUGGGAAAGAAAGAAGGCGUGAACACAGAACGAAGCUCGAACAAAAAAAAAAAGGAUCAGAAGAAUGCUCUUCAAGCUCACCGCCAUCCUGGUCGCAUUCAUAGCUUUGGGUCCUGCCUUAUUUGGGAAGAAAAAUGCAGGUGAUACGACAUCCGGUCAGUGUCCUGAGGUGACCCCGGGGCAGGUGGGCACCUGUGUGGAGGCCUGCAGUAACGACUCCAGCUGCACCACAGGACAACUCUGCUGCUCCAACGGCUGCGGGCACACCUGUCAGGACGCCGUCUUCGCUGAUUCCCAGAUGAGUGCUACCACAUCCCCACCCGACAACGUUGCCGACAAGAUGACAACAUCACCCCUGGUGACCGUAACCAUGGUGACGACCCUGCUCAUCAGCAUGCUGUACAUACCCUGAGGACCAAUCCCAGCACUUGUACAUAAAUUAUGCAAAUAUCAUGCAAAUAUCACCUGUAAAUGGCAUAUAUAUAGUACUAUAGUAAUGAUAUGUAGCAUGUAUGGUCUUAUGUACAUUUUAUGGCACUUAAAAGGGUUUAUGAGAAUACUUGUGUAGCAGAGUGUAGCAAAUAGAAGAAUGUUAUGUGACUGAGAAGGAUUUUCAUUGGUUAAAAGCAUUAACCAAUGAAAACAUGGUAUAUAUUCGAACCAAUCAGGACCCUGGUUUAUUGAAAUCAGAAGGAGAAAGUUUGAUGUCAGAAAAAAAAAUGGAAGGAAAAUGUUUGUAAAAUGGAUGAAAAGUGCUUCUUUUUCGUAAGUUGAUGUCCCAAACCUGUUGAAUAAAUUAUUUUUAAUACAGAUUUAAAUUAUAAAUUCUAUCCUUGGUUAGAUAAAUGUUGUGUGUACUCGAAGGUCAAAGCUCAAGUUCAGUAUUCUUUUUUGUAACUACAUUGUAUUUGAAUUUUUCUUUUGUUCCCAGAGAAGUCCUUUGUAAUAAUCUAUGGCUACUUAUACAAAAGUUAAGCUCUAGGAUGAAUUUUUCAAAUUUGUGUACUUUUGUUAAACUCAGAUGGUUUGUUAUACCCGUCCAGUUAUCUGUAAAUAUUUCAGUUGAGCUAUUAACAAAAACUUUAAAAAGUUCAGGGUUUUUGUUAAUUUAAAUUAUAUAAUAAUAAUAGUAAAGUGUGUAUGUUCAGAAGAAUAUCAUGUUUUAAGAAAAAAAUGUUACAGCAUUUAUUUGUUUUUGUUGGGCCACUUUCCAUGCAAUCAUUUCUUUGUGCUGUGCCAAAACUGUUGGAAGUUUUUAACCCUUAGUGCACUAAGGGGUGCUCAUCAGGGUCCUUAGAUGUCUUCUGUAAAUUGACUUAGAGCAUGAAGGGUUAAAAACUUGCUGUGCCUCACUGUUAGUUUAUUGGGUAGCUUUUAUAAGCUGUUGCUAUGGCAACGUUGUACAUAAUCAUGCCAAAUAAAUGAAAACGUAACUAUGAAUGACAAGCCUGAAAACUCAGCCUCUUUGUAAUAAAGGAACUGAAAUUGAACCUA